AACACGUUGCUCUAUUUACGAAGACAUCGUUCGAAAGAGUGCUCUCAUUCAGCUCGUUUACUUUUCCAAUCCGUUGUGGACUUUGUAUAGGUUUUUUUUCCCUUCGAUUCACGGUGACGAUUGUCCAGCGUCCUUGACACUGGAGAGAAGAGUCGUAGCGCGCUUUCCCCGUCGGACGGAAUACCGUCUUGGCGUCGGCUCGGUGGCGAACUGCUGAAUCAGGAGCAGAUAGCGACGACUCGAUCCAGGCCAUGGACGAAGUGAAGUACGUUUUAGGCGUGGAUCUCGGGACGACAGCAGUAAAAGUGUGUCUCGUGGACCAGAGCUCCAGGCAAAAAGUAUUGCAGCUCAGUCAGGCCACAAAAGCCUCGUUGAACGCGAUUCAGCCCCAGGAUGAGCAGUGUCCUGAAAAGAUCCUCUUAGCGCUGCAGUACUGCCUCUCCACAAUCGACAAAGAGCUCCUGAAGCGCGUGGUGAAGAUCGCGGUGUGCGGCCAGAUGCACGGCGUGGUUCUGUGGAAGAAAAAUGCAUGGCGAUACGAGCUCGCGAAAGAACGCUUCGCUUUCAACAAGGAGAACAUAAGCAAUCUCAUAACAUGGCAGGAUCGUCGAUGCACAAAAGAUUUCCUCGAGGGCCUACCCCGAAAGAGUUCCUCUAGUUUCGGCGAUGUCAGUUCCGGAUUUGGAUGUGCCUCAUUGUUCUGGCUGCUCAAGAACGGCUCACUAUCCCAGGACUACGAGUGCGCCGGAACAAUUCAAGACCUUGUGGUGGCAAUGCUCACCGACCGGGAAACCCCUGUCAUGACCUCCCACAACGCAGCUUCGUUCGGCUAUUUCAACCCUGAAGACAACCGAUGGGAUGUCGGAGCUCUGGCCUCGGCAGAUUUCCCGUGCUACCUCUUGCCCGAGGUUGUGGACGAGAGCCAACAGGCGGGAAAACUCAAGUACUUUUGGUUCGGUAUACCAGCGAGAACACCAGUUUUUGCGGCAUUCGGAGACACACAGUGCUCGGCGCUGUCAGCCUUGCAGGAGAACAAAAAUACCGCUCUUUUGAACAUGGGCACAAGUAGUCAGCUCUCGUUCGUUUCCGAUAGCCGUGAGAUCCACCCACGAGGAGACUACUCGUACUUCCCAUACUUCGACAGGCGAUAUCUGUGCGUGGCCGCAUCCCUGAACGGCGGGAACAUUCUCUCGCAUCUCGUCGCCACGUUGCGAUGCUGGCUGGAGGAACUCGGCGCACCCCUUCCCGAGUCGAAAAUUUGGGAAAGGCUUUUGAGUCCGCAAUCAUCCGACAGUCCGAACAUCCGGGUGAACCCUCAGCUGUUCGGGGAACGCCACGAUCCGGAUCUGACGGGUAGCGUUCUGGAUCUCACCCCCGCGAUACCUUCCUUAGACAUGACGUUUCGGGCUACUUGUGCCGGUCUCCUAGAGAACCUGAUAACAACACUGCCACUCAAGAUACUUCAAGAUCAGUCGAUAGCCUCAAUAGUUUGUUGCGGCAAGGUCAUCAACCACAACGUCGUUCUACGCACCGAAGUCAAACGGAUUUUCGCCGACUUCGCCGUGGACUUCGGUAAAAACUGUGAAUCCGCGUACGGAGCUGCGUUGGCAGCGAUUGUUUAUGCGCGGAGUUGAAUCAUCCGGUUAUGAGAGGCAGGCUAUCCCAACAUUCGCUGCAUAUUGUUUCCGGGACAUUUGUCGACCUCUCAGUUUAUCGUUCUCGGUAUCUAUGACCAUUUAAGAGCCAUUUUUAUAUUCACCGUAGAACUCGAUCCGGCGCUGGAUGUCCCGCCGACGCAGCGCUCGGCUCACCGCUUGUGAGAGGAAUCAAGCAGUCGCACUGACUUUAAAGCAUCAUAUCAUCAUGCGGCCAUCUAUCACCAUGCUAAGAAUGGGCCGGUCUACAUACAUUGUGCAUAAACAUGUUUUACGGAGCAGAGCUUCGACCUGUGAAGGGGAGCAUCAUACACCCUACAAGAUAUAUUACACAUUUUUUUCUUUCUAGGACUUAUAAUAAAGGAAGAGUUAAUAU